AUGGCUGAUACCGGUCUCCCCCCAAACUGGGAGGUCCGCCACUCAAACUCCAAGAAUCUCCCCUACUACUUCAACUCGGCCGAAAAAGUCUCCCGCUGGGAGCCCCCGCAGGGCACCGACACGGAUAAGCUGAAGCACUACAUGGCCACCCACCACAGCGCCGGCCCCCAACAUGCCGCCGCUCCAGGCGCCCUCGAUGGAAAGAUUCGCGCCGCCCACCUGCUCGUCAAGCACCGCGACAGCAGGCGGCCCAGCAGCUGGAGAGAGUCCGAAAUCACCCGCUCAAAGGACGAGGCCAUGGACGUCAUUAAGGCCCACGAGCAAAAGAUAAAAUCCGGCGACAUAUCCCUCGGAGACCUCGCGCCCACCGAGUCCGACUGCUCCUCGGCCCGCAAGCACGGCGACCUCGGCUACUUUGGCCGCGGCGACAUGCAAAAGGAGUUUGAGGAUGCCGCCUUUGCCCUCAAGCCCGGCGAGAUGAGCGGCGUUGUCGAGACGGCGAGCGGUCUGCAUCUUAUCGAGAGGUCGGUGAUCCGUCUACGCCCCGGACACUCGCCCCGGCUACACGGGAUGCCGAUGGCGUGA